AUGUUCGGCCCAAGUUCUAGUGCAAGAUUCGGUCUUCUACAACGAAGUCCUCCGCAGUCUUCUUCGCAAGUUCAAUCUGAAGAUGAAGACGAGUCAGGUUAUUGCGUGAUUUCUGAUAUAGCGGAUGGGGACGACAAUAGUAACAUGAGUGGAAUUCCAAGAAGUGAUUCUGCCAGGUCUUUGUCGUCUUUGAACGAGCAGAUUGGUCCUGAAGAUACUGCCAGAUGUGAACUAAGAAAACUCAGCCUUGAUCAACAUGGUACUUUCAUGGCUGACUUUGACCCAGAAAAGUCACAGAGGGAAAUGCGCAAAAUGAAUAGAAGGAUAUACAGCAAAGAGGCAAAGAAGAAUAUUUUAUACGAUGAAAACGGAAUCCAUCUGGAAACACUUGCAGAUGUUUGCGACUGUCUGGAUAAAGGCUGCCCUGGCUGUCACUUUCCCUGUCGCCGCUGUGGCUCACCGAAGUGUGGUGCUGACUGUAGAUGUAAUCGCAAAUACAUUGUUGAUUUAAUUGAAGUUGAAGGAACCAGUACAUUCUACCAAUAA